GGUGUAAGGAAUGGUUGCAGAGAAGAAAUAAAUUUACCCAUAUAAAUCUCCUUAAUGAAUUAAGACAUGAACCAUCUGAUUAUAGCAACUUUCGGCGCAUGAACGAAUCAGUGUACAACGAGUUGCUGUCACUUGUAUCUCCCUUGAUUAAGAAGAAAGAUACACAAAUGAGAACAGCUAUAUGCCCACACGAAAGACUGACAGCUACUUUGAGAUUCUUAGUAACUGGACAACCGUAUGAGUGUCUAAAAUAUUCAACUAGGAUUUCACCACAAUCUCUUGGACAAAUUAUUCCUGAUACAUGUGUGGCCCUGUACAAGGUUCUGCAGAAAUACAUUAAGUUUCCCAAUUCUACAGAAAAAUGGAAAGAAAUAUCGAUGGAACUAUCCACACUGCAUAGGCGCCAUGGAUGGCAAGCAUAUUGAUAUAAUUCCCCCAAGAAAUUCGGGCUCUUAUUAUUUCAACUACAAAGGAAAGCAUAGUAUGGUUCUUCUUGCUAUUGUAGAUGCAAACUACCGAUUUCUCCUUGUGGAUUUCGGAACUAAUGGCCGCGUAUCCGACGGCGGUGUACUCCAAAAUACACGUAUCUAUGAAAAAUUAGUGGAGAAAAAUCUACAUAUUCCUCCGCCUGACGACGUAACUGAAAAUUUUAAAAAUGUCCCCUAUGUUUUUGUUACGGACGAUGCAUUUCCGCUGACAACUGAAAUUUUGAAGCCAUUCAGACAGGCAUUUCUUGAUUCUGCAAAAAAAGAGGCAUAUAGUUGAAAACGUAUUUGGUAUUCUUGCAUCGAGAUUUCGUAUUUUUCAUACGGCAAUAAAU